GCGCGGCGGUUCCGCUUCCCCUCCGGCCCCGCCGCCGCCGCCCCGCCGGGUCCCGGUCCCGCCGCCGCGCUCAGCCCCGUCCAGCCCGCCCGCCCGUCCGUCCGCCCGUCCGUCCCCGAGGCGGCGGCGCCGCCCCACCCGGGCUUUCACUAGCUAUUGAGAACCAUGUCUGACAACGGAGAACUGGAAGACAAGCCACCAGCUCCUCCCGUCCGGAUGAGCAGUGUCAUCUUCAGUUCAGGGGGCAAAGACCCUUUGGCCACCAACCACAGCUUGAAACCCCUGCCCUCUGUCCCAGAAGAGAGAAAACCUAGGCAUAAAAUCAUCUCCAUAUUCUACAGCAAUGAAAAAGGAAGCAAGAAGAAAGAAAAGGAGCGGCCAGAAAUCUCCCCACCAUCAGAUUUUGAACACACCAUCCAUGUUGGCUUUGAUGCUGUUACUGGAGAGUUCACGGGAAUGCCAGAACAAUGGGCUCGGUUGCUUCAAACCUCAAAUAUCACCAAGCUAGAACAGAAGAAAAACCCCCAGGCGGUACUAGAUGUGCUGAAAUUCUAUGACUCCAAAGACACAGCAAAACAGAAAUACCUGAGUUUUUCUGCUCCAGAAAAAGAUGGUUUCCCUUCAGGAACACCAACGACCAAUGCCAAAGGUUCAGAACCAUCAACAGCUGUGGCAGAUGAUGAGGAGGAUGAUGAAGAAGCUCCUCCUCCUGUUAUUGCUCCACGGCCAGAUCACACAAAAUCGAUUUAUACCCGCUCUGUAAUCGACCCCAUCCCUGCCCCAGCCGGUGACUCUUGUGCUGACAGCGCCACGAAAUCGGGGGAUAAGCAGAAAAAGAAGACCAAAAUGUCAGAUGAAGACAUCAUGGAAAAACUACGCACUAUUGUAAGCAUAGGAGACCCCAAGAAAAAAUAUACCAGAUAUGAAAAAAUCGGGCAGGGGGCUUCAGGUACAGUUUUCACAGCUAUUGAUGUGGCAACAGGGCAGGAGGUGGCUAUUAAACAGAUCAACCUGCAGAAACAGCCCAAGAAGGAGCUGAUUAUUAACGAAAUCUUGGUAAUGAAGGAGCUAAAGAACCCCAACAUAGUCAACUUCCUGGACAGUUACCUCGUAGGAGAUGAGUUGUUUGUCGUGAUGGAGUAUCUGGCUGGGGGCUCCCUAACAGAUGUGGUCACAGAGACGUGUAUGGAUGAGGCACAGAUCGCUGCUGUCUGCAGAGAGUGCUUGCAAGCACUUGAGUUCCUCCAUGCCAACCAGGUCAUCCACAGAGACAUUAAGAGUGACAAUGUGCUCUUGGGAAUGGAUGGAUCAGUUAAACUAACCGACUUUGGUUUCUGUGCUCAGAUCACCCCUGAGCAGAGCAAGCGCAGCACCAUGGUGGGCACCCCGUACUGGAUGGCUCCAGAGGUGGUCACACGGAAAGCAUACGGCCCCAAAGUGGAUAUCUGGUCUCUGGGCAUCAUGGCUAUUGAGAUGGUGGAAGGAGAACCCCCGUACCUCAAUGAAAACCCCCUGAGGGCUUUAUAUUUGAUAGCAACUAAUGGCACACCAGAACUUCAGAACCCUGAGAAACUGUCCCCAAUAUUCCGGGAUUUCUUGAACCGAUGUUUGGAGAUGGAUGUAGAGAAAAGAGGAUCAGCCAAAGAAUUGCUACAGCAUCCCUUCUUGAAACUGGCCAAACCUCUGUCCAGCUUGACGCCACUGAUCCUGGCAGCCAAAGAAGCAAUGAAGAGUAACCGCUAACACCCUGCCACAGCCUUCCUCCUUUUUUGUUUGUUUGUAUUUUACAAAUCUUUAUAAUAUAUGAAAUUGUUACACUUCGGUGGGGAGGGAAGGGAUUUUGGUGGGCGGGCGGGGGCGGGUGGGAAACAUCUGCAAAAGGGAAGAAACUCUCAUCCAGAAGACACCCAAAAAAUACAUUGUGGUGACUCUACCGAUCCCUGUCUGGGGUCCAGAAGGAAUUGAGGACUGAAUUACUGGCCUUUAGUUGUGUUUUAUUCUGAUUUUUUUUUUUUUUUCCCCCCCAGACAGCCCGGAAAUGCCACUUACUGUGCCCGGGGCUUUAAGGGUUUUUAACGACUUCGCUGUAACAGCUCCUGUUCGUUGUACCCUCUGGGUACUUUCAAUACUUGAAUGACAGGUUCAAGCUUUCAGAGAGCAGUACUAAUUUUACCUGCUGAUCUCUUUGACUCUCCUCUUCCUCCCCUCUACCUGUUGGCUUUUAAAUCCCUCUGGUAAAGCUCCCCCAUGACGAGAUUCACGGCAGGUGUGGCGAAUGUGAAGGUACAUCUUGCCCCUCAUUUACAGAAGAGCUGUUGCUGCACUGUAGAAUUGACAACGUGCUACUUAGGGAGUCGUAGUGCAUGGAGAUGUUUUUCACUUUCUAAGAUGAAUAAGGAGAGGGGGGGAAGAGAAGUAUUCAGCUGUUUCUUAUGCUUGUGCUCUGUGGACUUUUUUUUAAUCAAAAACGUGGGCUCUUUGUAGAACCGUAACGAUUGGUCGAGUCUUUUGAUGUGGGUUAUGGAUAUGUAGGUUGGGGUCAGAUACUUUAUUUAUGAUCAAAUGAUCAGUUCUAGUCAGGGCAAGAAAAAAUUCCAGCUGUCUUCCUUGUGUGCUCUUUUUUUCCCCCUGUUAGACUUGCUGGCCAGAAGCUUAAGGGUUAACGUGCUUGGUGCGGUGGGUGGUUCAAAAACAUGUAUCUGUGCUCUGACUUGGGCUUUGGAAGUUAUGCUGGUGCCUUUGACUUUUUUAUUUUACAUUUCCCUUCUUUGUAUCAAAUACAUUUUUGUAUAUGUUGUAAUUUUUCUCCCCCCAAGCAAAUAAUGCAUCGACCUAUGGAGUUGUUGGAGUUUAAGUAUUAGAGCUAUUUUUUCCAGUUUUGUAUGUGCUCCAUUUGUACUAAUGAAACCAGAAGAACAAAUAACCAGAUCUGAGGACACUGAAGAUGCGGAAUUUUCAAAAGAUGAUCCAAACAGAAGAUGAUGAACACCUGGAGAUGCCAAAGCGCUGUUCUGAGGGGAGGACAGUGCUGUCAGAUGUUCAUGUUUGACUGGCAGGUUCGAGGCUGAGGGGACUGAGUGUCACAUUGAUCCUUCUCACUAGAGACGUUGUGCCAGCCAGGAUGGCUGCAGUGAACCCUUCAAUGCAAGAAAAAGUGCCUCCUUUUGAAGGACAGUGAGAACCAGAGCAGUUGAGUUCUUGGGGUGCUGCCAGGGGCGAGUGUAGCAGAGCCUGUGCCCCUGGCUCCUUCUAGUGCUGCAGUCUAUGCAUUUCAACCUCCCCAAGUGUUUGAGGAAGAGCCAACGGUAGUAACGAUGUGCCAAAUGAGUCUGUGAAAGAACAACCAUGCCUUUAGUAGGAUUUUAUUGCAUUCCUGGUGGGGUGGGGCCUGGGGCAGACAGAGUUAUGGUUGGGUAUGGACAGAGGACCCCGAAUAAAAACUUUUUGCACACUUUUCCAAACAUUGCUGGCAAGGGAUAGAAGUCAUAUUCGGAGGAUAUCAGUAUCUGUCUAGAGAUAAUGACAUUUUGAGGACUGGUAGCCAAUGUAUGACAAAACCAACUUCCAGCUGAGAGCAGCCAGCCAGGACAGCGGAGGCCGUUUGGGUGAUGAUGGAGGGGAACAGGGCUGGGGUCUCACAGCGUCUGCUGGGACUCAGGAGUUCCUGGGCAUUGUGUGGUGCCAGCAGAGUGCUUUGCUGGGCAGGUUCAGCUUGUGUUCUGCUCCUGUGUGGUAGUUAAAAAUCUGUGUUGGGUGAAUUAUCUUAACUGUUCCGUCACAGGGAUAAAUCCCUCGAGCUGUAAGUGUAAGAAUACGGCUUUAAAUUCAAGGAAGUGUCUCAUUCCAGCCAAGGAAAUCCAGAUGCAUUUCCCAGGGAAAAAAAAAUAGUCAGGAGCCAGGGACACUGUAAUCCCCUUGGGCUGAGUGUGUCUGGCUCCCUGGUCAAAUGGAGCAGCGAGGAGGCUUGGCUGAGGAAAAAACAUGUUGUACCAAUGGUUCCCUCUUUGUCCGUUGCUGGCAAUGGACUGGGUGAAACUCCUUGUGCCAGAGUUAAACUGGGAGCUUUUCUUUCUUUCCUCUUUCUCUCUUUUUUUUUUUUUUUUUUUAAUGACACAAUCUAGAUAAAUUUAGCUUUUUCUUUUUUAAUAGAGAACAAGAAAUCAUAAGUAAUUUUAACUUAUUAGUUCACUUUUAUUGAUGAAUGAGAAUGGUUUGAAACAUGUUACAAAAUUUGUUCAAUUUAGUGCAUUUUGGAGAUGAUUUCUGAAGUUUCAGCCACUUUAGCACACAAAACUUGGCCCAAUCCCGAAAUUCCCAAAUCAUGUGUGUGACCUGGGAAGGUGUUUAGCUCUGAGGCUGAGAAGUGUCAGCAUCUCCCACGCAGCGGCCGGUAUGUGGUGAGGUUUCUCUUGGGGACCAGAGGAGGAACUGGCAGGAGAGGAGAGCCAGGAGAAGGUUUUUAUGCUGUGCUUUAGUGUCUUUGCUGGGUCGGGCAUCGCUUUUCCAACAGUGUCGCCUGGAUGUGUGUGCCAGGUUAAAACUGCAGGUCCUGGUUAUUCCCCUGGUGGGAGCAGGUCGGAGUUCUUUAGACUUGGUGCAGGGCUGGGCAGCUCUUCUGUGUCACUGGGGCAGGUGGAUACCAGCCAGAACUUGAGAUGAUGGGAAGGGACAGACUGCAUCCCAGUGUGGGCCAUGCCUCUCUCCUGGGUGCCCGCAUAAGAUCCUGAAUCAGGAUCAAACGUGCACGUGAUCUGUCCCAAGUGUCACGUGUGGUUGGUGGGGCAGCUUGUGGCUGAGAUGCAGUGUGCAGGGAAUGUGAGACUCCUGGGACUUUGUUGUGAUUGUAGAAUAAACCAGAUUUCUCUUUAAAAACAACCAUGGGAAUGUGCACUUUGCCCCAGUGAGACUAAUUGGAGCUUCCCCCUCGCCCUGGCUCUCCAUGCAGGGAGGUGUGAAGGUUUUGCUAAAGCAGAUGGGUUCUGUUGUCAGAGGGGCUGGGGAGGGACAAGGAAGUGAUUAAGGGUCUCUCCAGCUGGCAUUGAGUCAAUAAUUAUCUCUCUGGUCUGUUUUUCCCUCUGUUCCUUAUGCUGUCGAUGGAAAUGGAAGUAGGUGCAAGCUUUCUUUUUAUUUUUUUAACUGUCUUCAGAUGUUAAUGUUGCCUUUUGUGUAAUUUAAUCCCAUUAUGUUAUUUAAUUGUUACUGCAAUAUUAACUACUGUAUUUGUUGACUUUGUUUAAUAACUGUUCUUUCAGGGCUAGAAAUAAACUUUUAAAAAACAUUUGGGGCUUCCCCCCUUUCCCUGUAAUGAAUUUAAUACCUUCAAAGACAAGAGUAGCUGAAAGAGUUCAUGUGUCGGUGUCUUACUGAGAUUAACAGAAUGUAUUUGUAAUUAGGCUUUAAUGGUGGUGGAUAUAAUUUCAUGCUAUACCAGCCUGCUUCUUUUAAAAUGUUUCUCAUCAGUGUCUGUACCUGCCUUGGGGUCACCAGGAGCUUUCCUGCCUGCCAUGCAGUGCUAGGGAAUGGUUGUGCCUCCCACAAAAAAACUCCGGAUCACUUAUGGGAGGAGAGCAGCUCUGGAACACGCUUUACACCCAUCGUGGAAGAGAGAUCCCUCAUUUCCUCGUGAAGGGAGCAAGGCAGAGGCCAGCCUGGUUCGUCAGAGCCACGUUUUCCACCGUCCGUUUGCCGUGUCCAGGGUGGGAUCGAGGGGCCAGUGAACUGCGGUCGUGGCAAUUCCGUAGCUGUUCCGAAUACGAUGCUUUAUGGGAGAUCAUCCAUAUCAUGCAUAUAAACAUUAUGGCAUGGGAAACACGGGCAUUGAGCUGUCCUGGUGCCCGCAGGGAAGAUGUGACUGCUGGGUUUGCGCUGUCUCCGCUGAUCAGUGUUUGACCAUCAGAAGGAGGAUGCGGAGUGUCCACAGCUCUCUGAGGACUUGGGAUGAGAUCCAUGGUGCCUCUCGGCCUCGGUGGCUGCAGGGAGUCACUUUUGCUUUCCAGUGAACCUACAAAAAUGCUGUGGGGUCUAAGCCUGUCAGUCCAGCUAAAGCCAAGGACAUCUAAUGGUUUCCUUUGGGGUUGAGUCUGGUUUAGUUGAUUCUGGAUGAAGGUUCCUGUCUCGGUUGUGAAUGUCAGGGACUCAUCGUGUCCUGUGUUUCCCGUGUGUUACUGGGAAAUGGGCUCUUCCCCUUUCUUCCAUGUUGUACAAGCUUUGCUCAUCCUACUCACAAAGGGAAAUGAAACCGCUUGUCUGCAGCAGCCUUUUCACCUGGACACAAGAAUGUUGCUCUGCACAGAGCACUGUCUCCUGAGGGUCAGCAAUUUUUGUAGCUUCUUUGUCUUUAUAUAUAAUUGACCCUUUAUGCAUUUAAACUGCACUAAAGUGAUUUGGCAUUUAAUUUAUGGGGGGAAAAGUGAACAGGAGGAAGGAGAAAGUGCUUGGUGGAACUUGGUAUUAUCUGUGUUUUGGUGUUUGAGCUGCUUGAAGAGAUGGGCUUGGGCUGAUUGUGGUUUGCACAGCUGAGAGUCGCACGUCCCUGAUAAAUCCUCAUCAGUCUCGUGAACUUGGUCAUCCCUUACAAGUACCUGCCUGAGACUAAACUCAGGAGCAGCUCCAUGUUUGGGGAUCAGUUUGUUCAAAGUUGUGUAUUUAAACAGUGUUCUUGAAGAGAGUAAGUUUGGGGUCAGCAGUUUCUCCCUUUCGGGGCUGCUUUUGGUUGCAUUGAUUGCAAACUGCAAAGCUGAGCCACGCACUGGUUGAAAACAGGAUGGCUGAAAACAGCAGAUCUUCAUUUCAGUGGCUUUUUCCCAGUGGUGCCUGAAGAACAUUGUCGGGUGUCAGUGCAGUUCCUGUGGCUCCUGUGCUGGAGCACAGCGGUGUCUGCAGUUGCUGCUUCCAGGGGUUUGUACAGCUGCAUUUUUUUCCUUUUCCUAUAACUUGCAUUUUGCUCUCAAGAUUGUUUUUAAUAAAAGUAGCCAUCCUCAGUCAUGUGAGAAAGUGAAGUGAAAGUGUGCUGAGCUCAGCUGAACUCUUGGUGUUCCUUCUCAGAUGUGUGGAGGAAGGAGGUUUUACCAAGAACUUCUUUCCCUACUUGGAAUUCAGCCUAAGGAAAGAUUUUUUUUUUUUUCCUCAAAGGAAAAAGGGGAGGAAGGGGAAAAUACCAACAACUGAGAACAAUGAAUUUCUGGUUGUAACUUCUCUACCUACAAGGGAGCAGGGCAGGGCAAUACAGCUCCUCAUGCUGUUGUUCCCAUAUCCCAGUGGUGAUGCUGCUUUUUCCUGCUGGUGUCUGCUGGAGGAAUAUCUUCCAGCACAUCAUAACUUAGAAUCAUGGACUUGUUAAGGUUGGAAAAGACCUUUAAGAUCAUCAAGUCCAACAGCCAACCUUGAAUUCAAGUCCCAGUUACCCAUUGGCCCGAGUAUUGAAACAGCCUGGAAGGACUGAUGACUUUUUUUUUUUAAUAGUUAUUUUUUAUGGGAUUUUCCCAGUGUGAAGUUACUGGUUGCUCAUUCUCUUUAGGGCAUAACAAGCCACCAGACUUCUGCUUUGGAGAUGUGUUGAGUCAGUGGAGAGGAGGAUGGGACUGGAAGAGCAGACAGUCUGUGCCAAGGCCCGGAUCUGUCUCUGUGCAUGGAUGUCUCAGUGCACACACUCCAGGUUCUGGUGUUUCCUGAAGGGCUGGUGAAUAAUAAAUCCAGCUCGGUGUAACUGUGGAUCAAUGGCAGAUAUGUUGAUGUGACUCAGGGAAUUUCCACGGGAUGGUCUGGAGGGGAAACAGCUGCCCACACUGGGAUUGGGGUGACCUCCUCAGCACAGAUGUCUCCCUGGAAUUCCUCGAGGUUUCUGGAGCCAGGGAUGACACAGCUUUUGUUAUUUUUUCCUCCCAGUAAAAGCUGCUUCUAAGGAUUCUGGCCUUUUUCAUGAGGCACAAUUAACUCCUGGCUCUUCUGGAGCCCUUUUCCCUGCCUGUGGGAGGGAACCUGCUGCCGGUUCCUGCUGCCUCCUCACAAGCAGCUGAGAGCAGGUGGCUGCUCUUGGAAGGCUCUUAUCCACCCCCUGCCCACUGAAACUCCCCUAAAAUAACCUUGUAACUGUCCUUUUUUGCAGCUGUUACCUCUUGGUGGGGGGAGCCAGGAUGGCUCUGUUCAGUUCCUGUGUUUUUGGAGAGUAUUUAUUCUUAAUUGUGGAAGUGCCAACUUGGUUCCCUGUCCCAUGGGUAAACCCCCCUAUAUUAAAAUCUGCAUUUUAAGCUGUGUUUGUCAUUGACAGCCUUGGAAGCAAGGUGGGUGUAUAAAAGACACUGAUGUUCCACCCACAGAGAAGGUUUUUUUUUUUGUUGGGAGUUAUCUGAAUUUUUACAGUCUUGUUUCUAGAAGAGCAGCCCUGCAAAGCUCUGUGGAUUCUGCUGUCAGUACUAACCAAGUGUAAGCCCCUGCCGUUAUUUAUUCCCAUUGUUAUCCUUGGAAUCAGCAGCUUCCAGCUCCCCUCUCCAGCCUGGGUUAAAUGUCACACAACUGCAGGAUGUGCUAUGGGCAUAAUUACAGGUGGUGGAUGGCAAAUAGUUUUUAAACACCUCUUAAACAUUUAUUUCCUAAGGCCCAAAUCUUAAAACACUUGAAUGGAAAAAUCAGCUCCUGGGGGAAGGAAAAGACGUUGGAAUUUCUUUCCCAGUUUUACCAUGGGUAUCACAAUCUGUUUCUCAUGGACUGGCAGUUCUCUUCUAGGGUCUCGGUUUGGGCUGGUGUCACUGGGUCCUUGUAAGGUUUUGUUUCCAAAGAGAAAACGACAGAUUUCUCUACUUCUGAGAAACAGAAAUUACGGGAGAUGGAAAGAAAUGAGCUGGAUUGUGAUGUUACAAGUUUUUGUGGUUGGUUCUGCAGGUAUGAGCAGCUUUGGCAAGCACUUUAACAGUGUCAGAGGUUAAUUUUCAUGACAACAUGAUUAUUUUGAGACUCUUAAAGCAUGUUUUAUCAUCUGCUGUUCAAGCAAAGCCAUUUGCUCAUUUGAGGUGAAAGAUGCACACUUGGUCUGUCCCUGGAGGGAGAAUGGGGUUGAAAAUGGUCGCACAGGGUAAGUUGUGAGGCAGGCUGACCAAAAGCAGGGCAGUUCUGGGGGGGAGGAGGGGAGGGCUGGGUGAUGGGCUGUUGGCAGUGUGAUCCCUCUCCUUGCUCAGACUUCCCAUGGUUUCCAAAGCGAGUGCUGUGAGCAAUGAGCCGAGGGGACCUUCCCUAAACCACUGUGGGGCGGGCACUUGGGGGUAGGAAUGAGGGGGAGGGAAGAUGAGGAGAGGGAGAGUAUUGCAGGGGGAGAUGCCGAGCUGAGACUUUCACCGACAUCCCCAAAAUGCCCUCCCAGAAGGUCCUGCUUUCUUUUCACUGUUCCAAGGGCUAUCAGGGGAGAUGCCAAGUAGCUCCAAUGCCUUCAGAUUUUCAUGGCAUGGUCUGUGUCGCCGUAGCCGCUUUGAACUGUAUGAGGUGCCUCAUCCCUGGCUCAAGUGUGCUUCAAACCUGUGGUUCCUGGCAGUGUCUUUUAUAAACAACAUGGAGGUUGGGAAUAAAAUGGCAAUAAUGGAAA